GCCCCGUGGGCGGGAAGCGGCGGCACCAUGUCGGUGAGCGAGAUGUUCGCGGCGCUGCAGGGAGCGCUCGGCCAGGACCAGGACAUCCGAGAGGAGAUCCGGAAGGUGGUGCAGGCGCUGGAGCAGACGGCGCGGGAGAUCCUGACGCUGCUGCAGGGCGUGCACCAGGGGCCCGGCUUCCAGCACAUUCCAAAGAAGUGUCAGAAGGCUCGUGAGCACUUUGGUACAGUGAGGACACAGAUGGAGUCCCUGAAGACCAAGUUUCCUGCUGAUCAGUAUUACAGGUUUCAUGAGCACUGGAGGUUUGUGCUGCAGCGGCUGGUGUUCCUGGCAGCAUUUGUAGUCUACUUGGAGUCAGAAACAUUAGUGACCCGAGAAGCUGUUGCAGAAAUACUUGGGAUUGAAGCUGAUCGAGAACGGGGCUUUCACCUGGACAUUGAAGAUUAUCUUUCUGGUGUAUUAACUCUGGCCAGUGAGCUGGCCAGGCUGGCAGUGAACAGUGUCACAGCUGGGGACUAUUCUCGCCCUCUGCGCAUCUCGACCUUUAUCAACGAGCUGGAUUCUGGCUUCCGCCUCCUCAACCUGAAGAACGACUCCCUGAGGAAGCGCUACGAUGGCCUGAAAUACGAUGUCAAGAAAAUCGAGGAGGUGGUUUAUGACUUGUCCAUCAGAGGACUCAACAAGGAGGCGACAGUUGGUGCAGGCGGGGAGAAGUGAAGGAUGCUCCUGGCACAGCAUCAUCGAUUACCUCAGAUGGUUGCCAAUUUAGGAAGUACCUAGAGAAACCUUCCUACAGUAGUUUAGAAGAACUGCAGCUCAAAGCUGCUCUCUAUUUUCUUACAAAAGGUGUAGUACAGGUGUUAGAUGUUUUGUAAAAUCAUGUCUAGAUUAGGACAGGAGACUGUUUCCAGUGGAAUUCCUCUGUCAAACACACGGUGCUGUUCUCUGCACAGCAGCAAUAGUAGUCAGUAACUCCCAUUAGUUCUGUAGUGUUGCUUCCCUGCUGUCAGGGAAGUGCUGUGGCUCUCUGCUCACACACCCUCAGAGGUGUGUGCACAGCACUGAGCUCAGUGCAGACAUGUGGGAUCUUUAAAGAAACACAGUGUGUAAAUAAUGACUUUUUUUUAAAGACACUUUUUUUUUCUUUUUGUUUCUUAAAUUUUCACCUAUGUAAGUUGAACAAAUUUGCAUAACUGUUUAUGAACCAGAUCUCUUUUUUUAACGGUUUCUCAUAAUGUACACCCUGUAAUUGAGAAAUUAGUGAAAAUACUCCUGAGAAUUCCUCUAUUGGAACUGGUGUCUUGCACCCCAGUGUCUCUGUCUCUCUCUCUCUCUCUGUCUCGUAUUUUUUUCUUUCCACCAUCAUUUCAGUUACCAGGGAGAGCAAGGUUUUCUUAGGUACCUGCUUUCUCUGUCUGGUAUUUGUUUUAGUGGCAUGAGUUAAUGCAGAGUUUAAAAUUAUGAUUUGCCUUGAGAACUCUGUAACCAAUUUUUAUGUUUUUUUAGCUUCCAAGUUUUCUGAAUAGAGAAGUGUAAACUGACAAACCGCAGGUGGUGUCUGAGUUGUAACAACCUGUCCAGGCCACAACUGUACCUGUAUCCUGGGAUUAAAAACCAAAAAACACCACAAAACUAUAGUUUGUGUAGUAAAAUGUUUGUAUCUCCAGAAAUGAGGAGGUUACUGCUUUCAGGUAAGUGUGUAAGAUGUUUGCAAACACCAACAGCCUCUUUCAUGCGUGUAAACGGACAGACUCAUGCCUCCCCAUGUGUUUGUUCUCUUGUCCUAAAUGACUUUGAGUUUUGCCAUUCUCCUACUUCUGGUGAUGCAGGAGGGUGAAGGAGAACAGCUGACUUAGGAGGAGGAGGAAUACUUCAGAGGAUGAAUGGGAACGGUCAAGUUUAUGCAGAGUUUGUUUGCGUUUCAGUUUCUUAGUGAAGAUUUACCACUGAGUUAGGGGGUUUUGUUUUUUGGAAGAAAAUGGUUUCUUGGUUAUUUUGGCCAAUAAAAGCUGUUCUUUGAUUAUG